CUAAGCUAGUUUUUAGACGAGAAAUUUUAUUGUAAUUUAGUAUAGGGGGUUUUGGUUUUGUUUCUAACGUAGCUGAUGCUUUUCUCAAUUGUGUAUUUAGCUUCUGAUUAUAAGUUUUUAAUUGCAUUGGGAACGUCUUAUUCCGUAGUUCUAUCUCGUUUUUUUUUCAAUUUUGAUGAUGCACAAUGGGUGUUUGUUGCUUGUUCAAUGUCGUUUCUGUCAUCUCCAUUGUCAUAUGUGCACAAGCAUCAUCGGUAGAGUAUUUUUGUCAUCGCCACCAGCCUCAGAAGCCGGAACACUUGGUCCAAAUGUAUACAUACCACUACUGGGAGAACCGGUAUGUGAAGAUUUCAUCCCAAAGGCACCACUAUAUAAUCAAUCCACCAGAAUCAUCCGAUGACAUAUCUUGUAUUUUCUCGCUGAAACUUGCCACCACUUUUGUUAUCACUACUCUCUGUCUGUCAAGUCAGCCAUUUCUGCAACGACCUUCUCUUUAAUUGCUUCGUCACACCGUAAGAAGAUUUCUUCUCUGUUAAGAUGAAGAAGAAGAUGGGUGACCAAAAUAUUGUCUCAAACUCCGAUUCAUCUCCACCGGAAAAGAACAGCCCAGCUGCUGAUCAACUUACUUGCAGUGGAUCAUCAAGACCAAUUGGGUUUAGAUUUAAACCAACUGAUGCAGAGUUGAUAUCUAAUUUCCUCACUAAAAAAAUCAGAGGCCAACAGUUAAGAUCUAAUGACAUCCAAGAAGUUAAUCUUCGUGAUAUCACUUAUGCGGACCUUACAGAGAAGUAUAAGGAAUAUGCUGUAUAUGGAGCAGAAUGGUAUUUCUUCACUACCAGAGAACGAAAAUAUCCUAAAGGGGGUCGACCUAGACGUGAUGCUGGUAAUCACGAGGGAUACUGGAAAGCUUCUGGGAAAGUUAAACAGAUAGAAGACGAACACAAAAGAGUAAUUGGGACUAAAAGGACUUUGGCUUACCAGAUACUCAAUAAGAAUUCAUCGACCAAAGAAAGUACCAAUACUGAUUUAAAAAUGGUAGAGUACGUUGUGGUCGAUGCUGAAAUUGCAGCAGUUCCUGACACUAACAUGGAAUGUGCAACCGAUAUAGUGAAGCCAUUUACAGAUUUUUGCUUGUGUAAAAUAUAUAAGAAUCCUAGUAAAUCACCAGGAAAUUCAGAUAUACCCACUGAUGGUGAUGCUCAGGAGAUGGAAUUCGUCGAUCCGUUUCCAUGGUUUGGAAAUAAUCUAAGUGUAGAAGAGGAAAAUGAACACUGGGAGAUGGAACUUAAAGAAGAAAACCAAACGAACGCUUACUUUAAUGAGCUACCAGAUAUGAAUCAAAAUGAUCCGGAUUUCUGGGAUUUUGAUGGACAACAUCUUCUCACAGAUGAGCAACUCUCCCUUAUCAGAUGUGACCGGAUUAAUUCACCAGUUGCCGCGCAGCAUCAGCAACAGCCACAACAACAAUGGCAUCCGCAGCAGCAGGGACAACAACAAUUGAGUCAGCAGCAGCCGACACAACUACAGUGGCGUCCACAGCAGCAGCUACAACAACAAUGGCUUCAGCAGCAGCAGACACAACAACAAUGGCGUCCGCAGAAGCAGCCACAACAACAAUUGGUUCAGCAACAGCAGACACAACAACAAUGGCGUCCGCAGCAGCAGCCACAACAACAAUGGCAUCAGCAGCAGCAGGAGACACAACAACAUUGGCAUCCGCAGCAGCAGACACAACAACAAUGGCAUCAGCAGCAGCAGACACACAACAAUAGCAUCAGCAGCGGCAGCCACAACAGAAGAGGCAACAGCACAAGCAGCAGCGCAAAUAGCUUGAGAUAGUGUCACCUCAAUGAAGACAGCAGUGCUGCAUCCUGGACUGGAUGUUAUAAGCUUUUAAUUGAUCAGUACCUUUUUUUUUCCUAGAAAACCUUUGGAUUAUAGCCAAGCAUGGAUUCUUAGUUUGAUCAUAGUCGAACCAAAUUGUGUUUUAUUUCUUAGAUUUAAUUUCUCCUAAACUAACAAAUGAUGAAGGCUUAAUCAUUUCGAGAUCCUUAAUGUGGUUGUUGGUAUGGAACUCACCACUAACUAAAUUGACUUCCACUCAUAUGUUUGUGAGCUCUUGUUUUUUGCUUCUUCUCAGUUGUGCCACCUCUG